GAACAUCUCUAGCAGAGACGAAGCGGAAGAUGGCGGCGGAGGCGCUGCUGUCCAGUCUGUUGGGAUUGCUAUUUCUGGGGCUCCUGUUACCUGCGCAUCUGACGGGCGGUGUCGGGAGCCUGAAUUUGGAGGAGCUGAGUGAGAUGCGUUAUGGCAUCCAGAUCCUGCCGUUGCCUGUCAUGGGAGGGCAGAGCCAAGCUUCAGACGUGGUGGUUGUGUCUUCAAAGUACAAACAGCGCUAUGAGUGCCGCCUACCAGCUGGAGCUAUUCACUUCCAGCGUGAAAGGGAGGAGGAGACACCUGCUUACCAGGGGCCCGGGAUUCCUGAAUUGUUGAGCCCAAUGAGAGAUGCCCCUUGUCUGCUGAAGACCAAGGACUGGUGGACAUAUGAAUUCUGUUAUGGACGCCAUAUCCAGCAGUACCAUAUGGAAGACUCGGAGAUCAAAGGUGACGUCCUCUACCUUGGCUACUACCAGUCAGCCUUCAACUGGGACGAUGAAACAGCCAAGGCCUCCAAGCAGCAUCGGCUGAAACGCUACCACAGCCAGACCUACGGCAAUGGGUCCAAAUGCGAUCUCAAUGGGAAGCCCAGAGAAGCUGAAGUUCGGUUCCUGUGUGACGAGGGCGCGGGCAUAUCUGGGGACUACAUCGAUCGAGUAGAUGAACCCUUCUCCUGCUCCUACGUACUGAGCAUUCGGACAUCGAGGCUCUGCCCACACCCUCUCCUCCGCCCACCAGCCAGCGCUGCCCCACAGGCUAUUCUAUGUCACCCAGCCCUGCAGCCUGACGAGUACAUGGCCUACCUCCAGAGGCAAGCUGAGUCAAAGCAGCAUGAAGAGAAAGUCACAGAGGAAGUUCAGGACACAGACCACCAAGUGUGGAGUGGGAGCAAGGCUGCCGGAGCACCCCCAAAGAAAGAAGAUGUGAGCCCCACCAAGGAAGAUAAGGAAUCAGAGUUUUGGAAAAUGCUUCAGGAGCCAGAGGAGCAGGCUACAGGAACAGAGGAAGCACAGGCAGGGGAACAGGACCUGAACCAUGAGGCUGCAGCAGACCCAGCUCCAGCCCCUCCCACUGAUUUUCAGAAUAAUGUGCAGGUCAAACUCAUCCGGAGUCCUGCAGAUUUGAUUCGAUUGAUCGAGGAGCUAAAAGGUGCAGAAAAGGGGAAGCCAAGCGUAAGGCAGGAGCAGCCUGGAGAUGAUACCACAGAGGCCCCGCAGAGGGAAGCGGAGGCGAAGGGAAAGGGUGGUGAACCCCGGGGUCUCGUGGAAGAAGAGGAUGGUGACGAGGAGGAGGAGGACGAGGACGAGGAUGAGCAGCAGCUCCUGGGAGAGUUCGAGAAGGAGUUGGAGGGGAUGCUGCUGCCCUCGGACCGAGAGCGCCUGCGCUCAGAGGUUAAGGCUGGCAUGGAGCGCGAGCUGGAAAACAUCAUCCAGGAGACAGAGAAGGAACUGGACCCAGAAGGGCUGAGGAAGGAGUCUGAGCGGGAGCAGGCAAUAUUGGCUCUGACAUCCACUCUGGACAAACUCAUCAAGAGGCUGCAGGAGAGCCAGAGUCCAGAGCUUGUCCAGAAAUACAAGAAAAGGAGAGUUGUCCCUCAAAAGCCUCCCCCAUCACCGCACCCUACAGAGGAGGAGCCUGAGCACAGAGUCCGGGUCCGAGUCACCAAGCUCCGUCAUGGAGGCCCCAAUCAGGACCUGACUGUCCUGGAGAUGAACCGGGAAAACCCACAGCUGAAACAGAUCGAGGGGCUGGUGACAGAAGUGCUGGAGAGGGAGGGGCUCACGGCGGAAGGCAAGAUUGAGAUCAAAAUUGUGCGACCCGGGGCUGAAGGUAAGGAGGAGGACACACGCUGGCUGACUGAUGAGGACACAAGAAACCUUAAGGAGAUUUUCUUCAAUAUCUUGGUGCAGGGAGCAGAAGAGGCCAAUAAAGAACGCCAGCGACAGAGUGAGCUGGAGAGCAAUUACCGCCGUGUAUGGGGCUCUCCGGGUGGAGAGGAUACAGGGGACCUGGAUGAGUUUGACUUCUGAGACCACCUUGCUAGGCCCUUUAAGGAUUACUGCAACGUCCUGACCAGCUCUGCCUCCUUACCCCAUCCUGGGGCCCUGGAGGCAAAGGGCAGAUUGGAACCCAGCACUGGAUUUCAGGGGCCCAGCCUGAGGGUGUGUGAAGACCCACGAGGGAGACCUGUUGCAGUCCCAGGGAGCCACCUAAGGCCACGACCAGGCUAUAGGUUUCGCUCCCCAAACAUACCCUCCUUUGCUCCUUUAGCUUUUCCUGUCCCCCACCUUCUUAGCACUUAACCCCACUCUACCCAGAGACUUGAUGAGACCUUGUGCGUGGGAGUGGCAGGAACAGCAGGGCUGCAGUUUUUCAGACUCCCAAGAAAGCAGAUUCCCAACCCCACCUUGCCCCACCCUACCUUGAUCCCUUUGGUUUAGGGAGCUGUUGCCUCUCCCUUGGGGCCCCUACUUCCUGUCUGCUGACUGUCUCUUGUCACUGAGGGAACUGGAGCCCUUACUAUCACCUCACAAACAAUCCCAGCGAAAAGGGUUGGAGAUGGCGCCACCCCUGUUCUUCAGCAAUCAGGUUUCUAAAUAAAAGACCGGACUGUCAA